CCACUGGUGAGCCCCGGCAGUGCAGAGACCAACCGGGGUGCACCAGAGCUGUGCCAGAUGCUGCGGGGCACCGAUUUUUGGGGAUCCCCUCCAGCCUUGUCCCCGCAACAGGGACAGGGUGGGAGGCAGAGCCUCAGGGCACCCCAGCCUCCCCCUCCCAGCACUGACCCCCCCAAAAGAGGGAACAGACCCCUGCUGAGGGCUAAAUCCCGCUCCUGCCAGCAGUGGGACCCCCAAAUCCAGCAGGUCCCAGCCCACGCCAAACAGGGGGGCACAUGGGUGACCCCUCGCCCAGGGCUGUUUCAUGCUCUGGGAUGCCACGGCUCGGCCACCUUCCCAAGCAGCCAAAAAUAGCGUGUCCCCCACCUCCAGUGACAGGCGGGGGACCUGGCCUGGCUUGUGUCCGGCACAGCCCAGUGGUGUCAGUGCCCGGUGCCAGCACCAAGUUUGGCUCGGCCGCCGGCCCGCAUCCGCUGCCCGAUUUAGCUCGGGGCAAUAAGGUGGGGAAUAAAAGCCGGGGCAACCCAGGGACCCCCGGCCCAGGGCUGCGGCAGGGAUGGGGAGCAGGAGGGCAGGCAGGCAUGGCGGGGCGGCAGCCUGGCAGGCGCAGCGCGGCUCCUCCAACGUCUUCUCCGUGUUCGAGCAGUCACAGAUCCAGGAGUUCAAGGAGGCCUUCAGCUGCAUCGACCAGAACCAGGACGGGAUCAUCACCAAGGCAGAUCUGAAGGAGACCUACUGGCAGCUGGGGAAGACGAAUGUGAGCUACGAGGAGCUGGAGGAGAUGCUGAAGGAGGGGAAGGGGCCCAUUAACUUCACCGUCUUCCUGACGCUCUUUGGGGAGAAGCUGAAUGGCACCGACCCCGAGGAGUCCAUCCUCAAUGCCUUCAAGGUCUUCGACCCCGCCGGCACCGGUACCGUGAACAAGGACAAGUUUAAGCAGCUUCUCCUGACCCAGGCAGAUAAGUUCUCCCCGGAGGAGGUGGAGCAGAUGUUCGCAGUGACGCCCAUCGACGUCUCAGGGAACAUCGACUACAAGUCCCUGUGCUACACCAUCACCCACGGGGACGAGAAGGAGGACUGAGGAGACAGCAGGUCCCCUGCCCCCCACCGCUCACUCCGGCCAAAUAAACCACCAAACGAGGGGA